AUGACGUCCAUGAGCUCGAAUACACCAACUCAGGUUCUCCCCACAGAAGUCAAACCCGCGGAUCCUCUCGCGGCAGAGGACUGCCUCAGCUGCCGCGUCAUCGGCUCAGUAGCGAUGACCGGCGUCGGGAUAUACGCCCUGCAGCUCGCCCGGCCAACACAGCCAGGCCCGCCCGUUGUGAAGCGCAUAUACACCAGUAUCGGCGUCGUGAUGCUGGGGCUGGGUGCAUUCAGAGCUGCCGGCUGGCCGAAACCCAAGCCUGUCCUGUCAUAA